CUUUUCUUAUAGAAAAAAAAAAAAACACUCUGGGUCCUUCUAUUUCAUAAUUGCGUAUCUCACUGAUACUCACUCAGUAACGUUCCUCUCAUCUCACUAAUCACACACACUAUUACUACUACCUUUCAUUUCAAAGUGCUCAUUCUCUCUCUGCUUUCACUCUAGCUGGGAAAUAAGCAAAAAUGGCUAGCAAUGAAGAACAAAGUUUCAAGACUUUGGGAUUGCCUAAUGUUGUGCUGAAUGAAAGAAUUCUUUCUUCUCUCACUCGGAGAGAUUUCGCUGCUCAUCCUUGGCAUGACUUAGAGAUUGGGCCAGGAGCUCCAUCAAUUUUUAAUUGUGUGGUUGAAAUUGGUAAAGGCAGCAAGGUUAAGUAUGAGUUGGACAAGGCAAGUGGACUUAUAAAGGUUGAUCGCAUCCUUUACUCAUCUGUUGUCUACCCACACAACUAUGGUUUUAUCCCAAGAACCAUUUGUGAAGACAAUGAUCCCAUGGAUGUCCUGGUUCUGAUGCAGGAGCCUGUGAUCCCUGGUUGUUUCCUUCGUGCUCGUGCUAUUGGAUUGAUGCCCAUGAUUGACCAGGGAGAGAAGGAUGACAAGAUCAUAGCAGUUUGUGCUGAUGACCCUGAGUUCCGUCAUUACAAGGACAUCAAGGAGCUUCCUCCACAUCGGCUUGCUGAAAUUAGAAGAUUCUUUGAGGACUACAAGAAGAAUGAGAACAAAAAAGUUGAUGUGGAAGACUUUCUACCAGCUGAAGCUGCUGUUCAGGCUAUCAAAUACUCCAUGGACCUUUAUGCUGCCAGUGUAGUCCAGAGCUUGAGGCAGUGAUGAUGACUUGUUUAGAAAAAUGCAGUGACAUCCAAGUAUAUUAGCACAAUGUGUAUGAAGCAUUGAAGCUAAUCAUUUUGAUAUUUUUGUCAUGCUAUUGCACCCUGAUAAUUGGCUUCUUGCAAUAGUUAUCUGAAUCUUCUGAUUAGUUCAGCUUCCAUGAAUAGAAAUAGAUAUGAUACAUUUAUAUAGUAA